UUGCUGUUCAAUUUUUAUGGCGCGAGGUUAAAUGCUUCGGGUAUUUCUUGAAUUAAAGCGGUGCUUUAAUACUGGCUGCAUUAACAGCAAACAAAACUGUUAACAAAUCAGCCGCUAAUUAGCGUGUUUAACUCGAUAAAGUGCAACAUAAUUAAGAAAGUGUUAACGCAAAGCAGAGAAAAGACAAAACUGCCACGCAACAGUGAGCAAAUUUAUACACUGUGAAAAAUUGCCCAAACACACACACAAAAUGGUAAACGUUGUGCCUGACAACGGCGUCAAACAUGCGCCACAGGAAAUGGAACAAUUCCUGCCCGGAGAUGGCACCAACAAAUACAAGAUACAACCGCGUAAAGCAGAUGCCGAGCAGGCCUUGGCUAACAAUGAUUUCGAUCCAUUUGCCAUGCGCGAUAAUGAACAUCCCACAACUGAUAGGGAAACCUUGACGCAUUUGCUGAAGGCAUCUUUGGGAACUGGCAUUCUGGGCAUGCCAUUUGCCUUCAUGUGCUCCGGUCUUGUUAUGGGCAUCUUUGCUACCAUCCUAACUGCCUUUAUCUGCACGCACUGCAGUUACGUGCUGGUCAAAUGCGGUCACAAGCUGUACUACAAGACACGGCGCACCAAGAUGACAUUCGCUGAAAUCGCCGAGGCUGCAUUCCAAAAAGGUCCAAAAUGGUGCCGUCCUUUGGCGCCAGUUGCCAAGUUCUCCAUAUUGUUUGGCAUGUUCCUGACGUACUUUGGCACCUGCUCCGUUUAUACGGUGAUUGUGGCCAAGAAUUUCGAACAGGUGGUGUCGCAUUGGACUGGAACGCCAGUCGAUGCACGUGUGAUCAUUUGCAUAUUGCUUGUGCCUUUGAUUCUGAUUGCCUGGGUGCCCAAUCUUAAGUAUUUGGCGCCCGUUUCAAUGGUGGCCAAUGUGUUCAUGGGUCUCGGUUUGCUGUUGACCUUCUACUAUCUGGUUCAGGAGUUGCCGCCCAUUGAGCAGCGUAGUCUCUUCACAUUGUCCACGCUGCCAGCAUUCUUCUCCAUCACCAUAUUCGCAAUGGAAGCCAUUGGCGUGGUUAUGCCGCUGGAGAAUAACAUGAAGACACCACAGAAUUUCCUGGGUAUCUGUGGUGUGCUCAGCAAGGGCAUGUCUGGUGUGACAUUGAUCUAUAUAAUGCUCGGUUUCCUUGGCUAUAUGAAAUAUGGCAAUAUCACUGGUGAGAGCAUCACCUUGAAUCUGCCCACAGAUGAAUGGCCUGCUCAAGCCGUGAAGAUAUUGAUUGCCUUGGCCGUCUAUUGUACCUUUGGAUUGCAGUUCUAUGUGUGCCUGGAGAUUGUCUGGGAUGGCAUCAAGGAUAGAUGCACCAAGCGUCCCAUCUUUGUCAACUAUGUGCUGCGCACCGUUUUGGUAACUGGCGCUGUUGUUUUGGCCGUUUCAGUGCCAACCAUAGCGCCAUUUAUGGGUCUCAUUGGCGCCUUCUGUUUCUCCAUACUGGGUCUGAUCUUUCCGGUCAUCAUUGAGCUUAUUGUGCACUGUGACACUGGUUUCGGUCCCGGCAAUUGGAUAGUGUGGAAGAACAUUGUGAUUGCCAUUUGCGGCGUUUGUGCCCUGGUCUUUGGUUCCCUGUCGGCUAUUAAAGAUAUCAUGAAAGUAUAUGCCGUUAAGCCGGAGUCCCAAUAAAUCUGGACAUGUAUUCUCCACCGGCCUCUCGGCCUGAUUCAAUCUCCUGUGCAGGACAUACAAAAACUUGUCAUGCAACAGAAAAAAAAAGAAAAACAACAGUGCUAUACCAAGGGAUAUAUGUUUAUUAUAUACACUAUAUGUAUACAUUUGAUGAGAGAUAUACUUUUUAGCAUAGUUUGUGAGCCAAUUACGGUCUGGCUUCAUCAUUUUUCCUAGGGAUCUAACUAUUGUUAGAUGUAAAACUGCGCCUCCCAAAAACACACAAUUUGUAAAUGUUUCUCGUUUAUUUUUCUUUUUUCGUUUAAGCGCAUUGCAAGGUAGUACCCUAAGGUUUACUAUACUAUAAUAUAUACUAUUAAUAUAUAUACUUAUUCGAGUGCCUAACUAAUUAGCACGCAGCACCAAGAAACUGUCGGUUUUAGCACGUUUUAGAAAUGCAAUUAUAUUAAUUAGUUGUUGUGCGUACAUUUUAGUACCAGAAUUCAAACAGUUAACUAGCUUAAAUGCAAACUUCAUGUUAUUUGAUUUUAGAGUAUACCUCUCCAAAAAGACACAGUUUCCCUGUUGUAUCCUAUUCCUUCAUCCUCCCUUCUGAUUUCUCUCUGUUCUAAAAGAGUAUUACAAAAAAAAAAAACGAAAACAGAAAUUUGCAAACGUUUAAUAUUAUUUUUGCUCAACCUGUUUUUUUAGCGUGUUUAGUUUAUAAGCAAUACGAUUUGGUCCUAGGAUGACCGAAAAAUACCCUGCAAGCCAUUCACAAAGAGACUUUUAUUUUUGUAUAUACAUUUUGCAGGAUUUUUCGGGCUUCCAUAUCAAGUAGGGCAUAUUUCGCCUUUCAUUUACUCAAAUUAUACAUUUAUAUAAACUUAUUUUUAUAUACAUUCAUUAGUUUAAUUUGCGAAAAUAGUAAAUAAAUCACAAAUCAGAGAUAUACAUAGAUUCAAUUUAGAGCGAUAUUCACACUUUUGUUGCUUAACAUUUGUAUUUUAAUUGUAGCUUUAAAUAAAAAAAAGGAAAAAUAAAAUAAAUAUUGAAUAUUUCCAAAAAUUAAACACUGAAGAAUUGAACGAUUUAAACGCAUCUAUUGCAUUUAAACGAAAAGUUAACUUUUAUAUUAGAACAUUCGAUCAGUCAAUUGUUCAGUUUACAAAUAUAUUGAGAUCAAUUACAUGUAUGUAUGUUGUAAUCUCUUUAUUGAAACUUGUCCAUUUUAAGAUUGAUGUAAUUGUUUAACUUUUUGUAAAGUGUUGCACGAACUUAUUCGAAAGAAACAACAAAAAAA